AUGAUAAAAAAAAAACAAUUAGAUUCUGAAGAAUGUUUAAAUUUACAAUUUCAAGAAAAGGAACAAAUUGCUAUUGGAGAAGAACAAAUACAACAUGAUUUAGAUGAACAACACACUUAUAGAGAUAUAACAACUAGUGCAAUAUUAUUAGAAGAAGAACCUCCACAAAGCUAUGAUAUAACAAUAAAUGAUUCUAUACCGGCAACUAAUGUAGGCGAUGCGCCAGCACCAGUUGCUGGUCCAGGAUCUGGUGGUUCGAGACGUUUGGCUCAACAACAGGCACAAAUUGAUGAAGUCGUAGAUAUAAUGAGACAAAAUAUUGAUAAGGUGUUAGAACGUGAUAAAAAUUUGUCACAUCUCGACGAUCGAGCUGAUAAAUUACAAACUAAUGCAGCUCAAUUUGAAAAACAGGCAGGAAAAUUAAAACGAAAAUUUUGGUUGCAAAAUAUGAAGAUGAUGAUUAUUAUGGGAGUAGUGGGUACUAUUUUUAUCAUUGUGGUUGGAGCAUACAUUUACUCAAAAGUUAAAGCAGUUGCACCUGCUUUCCCAUCUAUUGAUGCAGGAGGAACAUCUAAUCCAUCGGUACAAGAUGAAUUAUCGAAAGUAACUGCCGCUUCUAUGACUACACCAAUGGAAGAAAAAGUAACAACAAAACGUCCUCGACGUCGACGGAAGAAAACAACAACAGCAACUAAUCUAGCCGUUUCAACAGUAGUAUCAAUAAACAAUAAUAAUGAAUCCAAUGAUGGACAAGAUACUUCAAAAAUUGUUCUGAAACGAAUGAUUCGUGCACUAAUACAUUAG